AUGGAUUUGACACAUACACUAGUUUUCUUCAUUUUUUUAGAAACACAUUCAGAAAUAUAUUUGUUAGUAAAAGAAUUUAAUCAGCUCAAAACAUCUUAUCAAACAAGUAACAAUUAUGAAUUAGAAUUAAAAGAAACUUUGGAUACAAAAGAAUUUUUUUCUGAAAAUAUAGAAUUUAGAAAUAUACAACGAAAUAACAAAAAAAUACAAGAUAAUAAAGGAAUACAAGAUAAUGAAGAAAAACAGAAUACUGAAGAAAUACAGCAAUCUGAUAAUCAAAUUCUUACACUGUUACAAAUUGAAAAAUUUUAG